AUCCAAGAUGGCGGCGCCGAGGGGCGAGCAGCGCAGGGGGGAGGCGAUGAAGCGAGCCGCCGAGAGAUCCCUCCGCCGGACCCCGCGAAAAAGAGUCCCUCGGGCUCCCUCGCAGGGACCCCGCGGGGCGGCGGUGAAGGCCGGCGGUGGCCGCCGCCGCUUCCUCCUCCUCCUCGCGCUUGUCUUUCUGUGUUGAAGGCCUCUUUCCACCGGGCUGCCGAGCCGAGCGAUCCGUUGCUCCAGCCAACGCGCUCCUAAGUUUCUUCCUCUCUCUCUCGCGAAGCCGCGACCUCCUCGCCCCCCUCCGGAGAGGCGCCGCCUGCCCCUGCGCUGCCGGCGGCGGAGGGACACCGCGGCUCCAGCCUCUUGUCCCCGCUUCGCGGAAGGAUACACAAAUCCACAGAAAACCGAGCUCUCCUUCUCCUCCUUUCUCAAGCCGUGCCGCUCCCCACCUCCCCCUCACGCGGGCCGGCGCAGGGGCAGGCCGCGGCUCAGCGAGCUUCCGCGCCUCGCCCGCGGCGGACGGACAGCGGAGACCGCAGCGCCCAUGACCGCUCGGCGCGGCGUAGGGAUUCCCGUGGAGAAAACGAGAUCCGGGCCGCCCCGCCGCUCGGCGGUGUACGGGGAGUAAGAAGUGCCGGCCGGCUGUGUGCUGCCGGGAUCCCUCCGCCCGGGGCUGCCCUUUAAAUGUGAGGAGUCCCAUCACGAGCGCUGUUCGUCCUGGCGCUUUAAGGACGAGGCGUCUCGUAGCCGCCCGUCUACGGUAUGCAGGUGUCCCUUCCCCAGCCCCACACUGCGUGUAUGGCCACAGCCGGCUCGGUGGGGCCGCUACCUCAGCGAACAGCAAGCACCUGUUUCCCCUUCCGCUCUGUCAGGGCUCUUUAAAAAUGGCGCCCACCCGCUCUCUUGAGGGGGACGCGCUGAGAGCGCCGCGGUGCCGCCUGGGGACAGCGGGGGCUGCUCUUCCCGCCGGGCGGUGCUCCCGUGGGCGCUAACGGGGUGUGUUCCUGAGGCAGCCCCUCGGUGCAGGAGUCGGGUCAUCCACACAGCUACGUUCUGCUCAAAGUUCACAAGUUUUACUGCACGCCCGAUAUUUUAAGUUGCCCUUUGUGUUCCUUGACACAGCACAGGGAUCGCGGUGCCCCAGCCUGUUCGGUGUGUGCAUGGAGUGGGCGGGCACUGCACAGUGCGGGACCAGGAGAUGCCAUCUCUGGUCCCAGUGGCAUGAAGGGAUCACUGCAGUUCAGCGGUGCAUGGGAUUGCCAUGUCUUCAGAAAGGCGGGACUGCUGGUGGAGCAUGAGAUCCAUUUUUCAUGAUGAAGCUGCAGUAACAUGAUGCCAGUGGGACAACGGAGUCUGAACAUAACUGGAGCAUCCUGAUGGGUUGGAUACUGCAGCUGAUCUGUAGGUGAUAUAAGAAAGCAUUCUCCUGUACUGCAGGCUCCUGAAAAGAGAGCUGCCUGCAAGGCCAACCCUGAAGAUGUGGACUGCCAUUGUAUUCUUCCUACUGAUUUCCUUCUGUAUAUGUGAAAACAGAUUUUCUGUCCUGAAAGCCAGAGGAGUGCAUGUAGUGCAAAUAAACAGGCUGACAACUGAAAAGCAAUGCAGGCAGGCUUGUAAAGGCCCAGCUGCUUCAGGUAACCAUCAGUGUAACUGGUCUGUAUCCUACCAGAGUCACUGCAUCCUCUUGCAGUGUGACCAGCUAAGUGUGUGCCAGAAUGCUGGAGAACAAGACAUCAAAGAUCUGCUGGGAGAAGUUGUCUUCGGGGAAGGGGAAACUCUGCUGUUUCACCACCAAAGCUAUCAACAGGAAAAAAAGAGGAUGGUAAAUGCACAGGUUGAACAGCGCAACAGAGAAAACCUGUUUUUUCCAACCACUCAGGCUUACAGGAUACGCUUGAGGCAUUUGCUUGCUGCUGACUCAGCAAAUGCAGGAGCAACAGCAGCUGCAAGCAACAGUACCACCACUGCAGUGACUGCCAGCACUACCACGGUUGUAUCGACUGGUACAAGUAUGACUGCCCUCACUGCAACUUCUGAAACAACUACCAAAGCCUCCAAUGCCUCUGGAAGUCCCCAGACUACAGCCAGGUCAUCCACUGUCUUUUCUUUCACUCCUGCUAAUGUUACUGCUUCCACUUCCAGCAACAUCACCAAGCUUCCGAUCACCACUGAAAACUUAGGAAAUAGUAGCUUUGGUUCAAUACUGCCUCCUUCUCCCACUUCUACUUCUCCCCCUGCUGUGACUUCUGAAGCAGGUGUUCAAAUGAGUGGAACACAGCAGUUUAACCCAGCGAGCACUUCCAGCUCCAGUAACCUCACUUCUACUGGAGUUGGGCUGAAGACACCAAGCCCACCGUUAAACACCUCUACCCAGCAGGAUGCCCAGGUCUCUGCUGCACUCACCCCCUCUGUGAGUCCACGUUCUGUGAAGCCAACAACUGUAACGUUGCCAAAAACAAGUAAAGUCCCAACAUCCUUGAGUGAAUCAUCUUCUUUUCAGGGUUCUACCAAAGGUGCCACAGUUUUAACUAUUGGCCCUACAUCAGAAGCUACGACUGAGCAUGGAGUAAAGUCAACAUCUCACAUUCCCUCUACUAUGCAUACAACCACAGCUCCAGCAGACACACCUGGUACAACAACAUUGAGCACUGCAGAAACUCAGGGCACGAACAGUGAAUAUCUUCUCAUCGCUGCUGAGCCUCUGACUCAGUACUUGGUGGAUAAGAGUUUGCUUCUUGCAGUGCUUUUAUUUGGUACAUUUUUUUUAAUAACUGUUAUAGUUCUUUUUCUCAUGCAGGCUUAUGAAAGUUACAGAAAGAAGGAUUAUACGCAAGUGGAUUACCUGAUCAAUGGAAUGUAUGUGGACUCAGAGAUGUGAAAAGGUGGGGAUAAAGUAAUGGGUAAGAGGGAUGGAAAGGAGAUUGAAAACCUACCUGAUUUCGUCUUUCCCAUUCGCCUAUAACACAAACUGAAAGUGCUUCCAAAGUUACUUCUGGUGCAAUUUAGGAGAAAUGCCAUGUACUGUAGUAAGAAAAAAAAAUAUAUAUUUUUUAUUCAACUGCAAGAGGUCGCUUUAAAAAUAGUCUUUCUUAAAACUUUUCCAUAAUGCACAAUAGCUUUGGCCAUUAUUUUUCAUUGCAAAGCUAACCUAUCAAGAGGUAAGACGACGUCCUCUGGAACUAACAUGGUGCUUUUUACACUGUUAGAGUGCAAGUUCAUCAUGUUUCAUUGUCUUCAUGUGCUCUUCUCUGGAAACGAAGCAAAGGAUGCUCUCAGCUCUUACAGAACGCUCUGACAUCACUAGAUAAGAAGUGUGAAGUAUUGCCACAAAGGAAACUUUAAUCCAAUGUCAUGUUUCGGUACGCUUCUUGCUUGUUAAGAGGUCUGUUUACAAGGCAUUGUAAACACUGUUCACUGCUAACCCGAGAUAUCUUUUCACUAUGGAGCAGAUUACUGUGCCUCUACAUUUACAUUAUCUUAUUUUUGUAUUCAUUCAAUAAAUGGGGCCCUGGAAGGGCAUAUCUUGUUGCA